AGAGGGGCAUGAGUCACAGUUCUGAACAGUGAGCCGUUUACUUUCACUCCACUGGGCUCUCUCUCUCCCCCUCUCUCUCUCUAUCUCUCUCUCUCUCUCUCUGUCUCUCUCUCUCACACACACACAGUCCGACUGCACAAAUCAAACGCUGUUCAUCCACCCCCUUCUGCUCCAGCAGUUCUUAGACAGGACCUUUUCUUAGGGAGCAACAGAGAAGUAAAACUCCCAGCCAUGAAGGACAAAGUGAGGAAAGGAGGAGGAAGAAAUCAGGUCAAAACUGAUGCAAUCAACGCACCCUCUGGAGAUGAUGCCGUUGAUAUCAAACAGGAUGAGGGCACGGCGUUUCCUGUGAAGAUCCAAGGAGCAGGAGUAGAGAUGUUUGAGCUGCAGGUAAAUGCAUUUUGGCUCGUUCAAGAUGCAAUAAUGGCCCUGCUCUCGAGGAAUGAGGUGUGUCCACGCUCCAACUUGUCUCUAGCUCUAGCUGGGACGACAUUGGAUCCACUCGCUGAACUGCAAAGUCUUAAGGGACUUAAGGCAGGAGCUCUCAUUCGUCUGGUUGAAGAGCCUUAUACCUUCCACUCAGCCAGGCACCACUUGGCUCGGGUUGUGGAGCUGUUGAGGGCAUCCGGACCCCAUGAUGCACUGAGAGAAGGACGGUCGCCAAGCGUACUGGAGACACUCACACACACACCUGACUCCAGCUUACCAAAUGGAAAGAGCCUGAAGCGCUCGUUAAGCAACACAAAGGGAGAAUCAGCCAGCCAGGAUGGAGCUCCACCUGACUACCUCCUGCCUGGUUCCUCAGAAAGACCACUUAUGGCCCUGCUACCACACAGUUCUCAACCAGAGGCCCCCAGUUACCUGAAGGACAUGUCUCUCAGCUGCUGGCACCCCCCUCCAGGACACAGGAAGCUGCAGGGAGACUUCAUGUACAUCACUGUGGUGACAAUGGAGGGUCGACAUUGUGACAUCACAUCCUGUCCCAAAGGUUUCUUCCUGAACAGGUCCACUGAAGAUAUAUUCGACCCUCGUCCCGCACAGUCUUCUCCCGUCUGUCACUGUCUCACUGACUUGCUGUGUCACAUCAGUCCUACUUUUAAACAAGCCUUUAGCACACUCAAAAACAGGCCACAACAGCCAUCAAUAGAGGCGAUGCCCACUCCUUAUCACACGCUGUGCUGGCUUGGACCUCCGUGUGCCUCUCGCACUCACAAGAACACCUUCAGUAGAUUGGGGGUGGAUGACCAUGCAGCUGCACAGGCUCCAGACUGGAACGAGGAGUUACAAGCAGCCAGAGAUCUUCCCCAGGGAAGUCUGGAUGAAAGGCUGCAGAGAGACAAAACUUUGCUGCAGGUUAACAGCGCUUUCGUGAGGACGGUCAUGCAGGGCGCUGAGACUGUUGUGGAUGGAUUUGUUGAGCCGGUAAAUGGAAACCCAGAGGACCCAGCAUUCCUGUGGAGUGGCCUGUUCAUGAGCCAGGGGGCCACGAGUUCAGUGUUUGGUGGUGAGCGGGGUCGCAGAGCAGCUCAGAGGCUGGAGCUUAAAGCCAUACAGGCUUACAGCGACUUAGAGGGGCUGCAGGGGCUGCAUACCUUACCCACCGCCAUCGUAGACUACAGAGGAGUGCGUCUGUCGGCCCAGGGUCUGGCCCCUGGCUUUGAAAGCUCAGAACAGGACCAGAAAGACUCUCCUGCCUCGAGAGGUUUGCUUUAUGGAGUGAAUGCAGGACCCCAAGAAUCCGCUCAUCGCAGACGGCUGCUGUCCCUGCUGGCUCACGCGGCCAAGAAUCUGUCCAUCCAGAGACAUGUUGUUGUGGCUCCCAAGGGUCACCAGGUGCCUCUGUUCACCUCCGUGGAUGCUCAGGGGCUCCUGGGGGCCGACGGGAGGUUCUACCUACUAGAUGUCUUCAGAAGCUUCCCAGCCGAUGCCAACUUCUGUCCAGAAGGGAAAACACAAAGUCAAACAGUUAACGGAGAUGAAGAGAGCAGCAAAAGCUGUAAAGAGGAUGACGAGGAGAGGGACGGGAAUGGAAAGGAAGGCUGGCCAGAGAAUUACCAGGGCGUUUCUGGGCUUCCAAAAAGCUUUCCUCAUGGCCUCUGCAGGCUGAGGCCAGAGCUGGUGCAGGCUUUCACUCAGCAUAAACAUUGUCAGUUUACUCAACGUGUGAAGGAGAAGAUGGAGGAAAACGGAGGAUUUGAAGAAUGUGCAACAGCCUGUGACUCUCGGGCGACCGAUGCAGUGCGAGCCGCAUGCAGAGACGUGGGCUCAGUCAGUGACAUUAUCUUUGAGAUGCGCUUUAACCCAAACGUUUUCUCGCCAGGGAUAAGUUUUCCUCCCACUGAGAGCGCUUCAACAAACCUGCAGGAGAAGCUGCUGAGAGAAGCUGCAGCUUUUAUCAUCACGCACCAGAUACCAGCCUUUUUGCAGUAUUGCCUACAAAGCAACGAGGCGCCGAUGGACGGAGCGUCCCUGAAGCAGGCGCUACACCAGAGAGGCAUCAACCUGCGCUACCUGGGGCACGUGGUCAAGGCUAUUUGCCAGUCAGAGCACAAGGAGCGCCUCAGGCACAUAAUGAGAUCAACUAUAAGUGAAAUUUUCAUCCGUUCAACAAGAAGAGUGUUCAACCAUUUCCUACAGGGCGUGGACGUGCCGAGUCUCUCCGCUGCCGUCACUCACUUCCUCGGUUGCCUGCUGGUGCACCACUUCAUGCCCGCUCCUGUCGGGGAGGACGCAAAGAAAAAGUCCAGGAGGCGGGGCCGUGGGGCCGGGGCCUCGGAGAGCACGCCUUGGAGUAUGCUCACUGGGUCAGAGCUGUGGAAUCUGGUCUGCCAAGAUGCUGCCGAAACAUACGGCAUCUCUGACAGUCUUGGCUCUGGUCCGAAUCACUUGGUGGAGCACUACGGACUUCAAAAGAUCUCUUUGCUGAGGGAGUUCUGUUUAAAGACCGGAGUCCAGUUGCGACUGAAAGACUACAUCCUUGACAACCACAACAAGGCUCCCAUGAGUCCAGACGACGUCCUUAACAUCUUCCCCAUUGUGAAGCACAUCGACAUGCCGACUGUGGAUGCUUCUAGAGCAUACCGUGCUGCGCAGAUUUCCAUUGAGAAGGGCCUGCUAGAUAAGGCCCACGAACAGCUGAAGGAAGCAGCUUACCUGUACGGCAGGGUGUGUGAUGACAUGGACGUUGACGCCUGUUACUGCAACAGCAUGUUGGCCAAGGUGGCCUUCCUGCAGGGGAAAGCAGCUGAGGCUCGCAGCGUUCAGCUGAAGUCAGUGGUUAUCAGUGAGAGGUUGCUUGGCUUUGACCAUCCAAACACCAUACAGCAAUACGCCCUUCUAGGUGUGUAUGCGUAUGCUGGAGGAGAGACGACCCUGGCUCAGAAAUGUCUUCUCAGAGCUCGCCUGCUUAUGCUAACAGUCCAUGGAGAAGACCACCCGUACGCCGCAACACUGGACAGCUGUCUUGGGCUGGUGCUGACAGAAGACCAAACAGGACAGUUCCUGAAGAACGCCCUGAAACUUAACACCUCCUUCUUCGGCCCCACAGAUCUGCAUACCGCUCUCAGCCACCACCUGUUGGCCCAGUGGAUGUGCAGUAAAGGAGACUACAGAAGUGCGAUGACACACGAGAAAGAAUCCUUCUCUGCCUUUACGUCCUUGUUUGGAGAAGAUCACUCACAAACACGCUGUAGCAAAGAGUUCCUGGGCACCAUAACCAAGCAGGCAGUCAAGGUAGAACGCACUCUCAGACAGGCAGGAGGCGAUUCUGCUGAGCAAGCCGUGGAGUGUCUAACCCCUACAUCUGACACUAUUCUGGAGCAGAUGGUUCUGGUUACGGGGAUCAGGAGGAUUACACGCAGCGACAGGUUCCAGGAGUAUAAGCAGAAACACCUGGAACGAAAGGCCGCGGCAGCAAAAGAGCUGGGAUUCAAGCUCCCGAUCUGGCCUCUUAACUCACAUCUCGUUGGCAAAGAAGAGAAAAGCUCGGACAAAGAAAGUGGAAGCGGGAACGGAGGGAUGGAAGCGGAGAAGAAAGACAGCGAGAGCCAACAGCAGCAGCCACAGGAGGCGACGUCUGCCGAGAGCGGUGCAGGUGCCUUAGCCAACGGUCAUGCGGCAGAGCAUGAGAAAACCGAUGGGGAAGCUGACAGAGAAGUUACAGAUGCUGGGGUCCAGGCAGGGAAUGAAGGGGGGGUGCAGUCUGCCUCGGGGUUGAAAAACGGGGACCUAAAUAGAGACAUGGACACGAUACCCAGCCCAUCUGCUCUCACCAGUAAACUGACCUGGGCAGAUGUUGUUUCAAAAUCUAGCACUGGAACAGGGAGCAAGGCGGUAAACGGAGUAGACAGUGUUACUGCCAACGGAGCGGCUGAAGAGUGAAAACACUGAAAAAAAACGCACCACGGUUUGUAGGUGCGCGUUUUCUACAGACACUGCUGUGAGAUGAAAGUAUCCUUGAAAUUAGCAUUUUAAUUUGAUCGAAACAACAGGAAGGUAGUAUUAAGAGAGACGACGAGUAUUCUUUCCUGUUUUGAGAUGUUUCAGUGUCCCAGACGCUAUGAGAAAUUUGUGUUGUGUGUAUGCUUUUUUUUUCUCUCUUCCAAAAAUAAAGUUUUUACUCUGCUGUAAUAAAAACACAUUGUCUUCUUUUA